UCUGGCCGACAAGAGAAGGCCACCACCACCGUCGUCGUCCUUAAUUGUUCCUGCGUCUCCCCCCUUCCUUCCAAACAGCGGUGACCUCCACCACCUCCACCACCACCCAAGAGCCGAGCGAGGAGAAGAGAGAAGAGGAGAUCGACCAUGGCUGCGGACGGCGGGAGGUGGGUGGGCCUGGCGGUGGACUUCUCGGAGGGGAGCCGCGCGGCGCUGCAGUGGGCGGCGGACAACCUGCUCCGCGCCGGCGACAACCUGCUCCUCCUGCACGUCCUCAAGGACCCUGACUACGAGCAGGGCGAGACCCUCCUCUGGGAGGCCUCCGGCUCGCCUUUGAUCCCCCUCUCGGAGUUCUCUCACCCUUCAAUUGCAAAGAAGUAUGGUGUGAAGCCUGAUGCUGAAACGCUGGACAUGCUCAACACUAUAGCGAAGCAGAAGGAGGUUGCCGUGGUUUCCAAAGUCCUGUUUGGAGAUCCCCGCGAGAAGCUGUGCCAAGCCAUCCAUGACAUGCCCAUCAGCUCCCUGGUCAUUGGGAGCAGGGGCCUUGGCAAGCUCAAGAGGGUGCUCUUGGGCAGCGUCAGCGAUUACGUCGUGAACAACGCCGCCUGCCCGGUCACCGUUGUCAAGCCAGCGAGUAACCAUGCCUGAUCUCAUGGUCGCAAAUGUCUACAUGUGUUUUAGUUUGCCGGAGUCCUAUAUAUCCAGUUGGCCGCAACUUAUUGAACCAUCCAGUGUUAUUCGUAAUAAUAAUUGACAAUUAGCCUGUGGAUGAUUCCCAGGUUGUGUAA